AUGGCUUCGUCUUCUUCAUCACCGGCGCCGGAUGCUGUGACCGCGAUGGAUGAGGAGCUAACUCUUGUAGUUAAGUGGAGUGGGAAAGAGUAUACGCUCCGAAUCUGCGCCGAUGACUCUGUUGCUGAGCUGAAGCGUCGCAUCUGCUUCCUCACCAACGUCUUGCCCAAGCGCCAGAAGCUUCUUUACCCCAAAGUCGGGAACAAACUCUCCGAUGACUCUCUUUUGAUCUCUCAGAUCCCUCUCAAGCCUUCUCUCAAGAUGACGAUGAUCGGUACUACCGAAGAUGAUAUAAUAGUAGAUCUAGCAACAUCUGAGGACAUUGUUGAUGACUUUGAACUUGGUAAGGACGAAGUGGUGGACAUUAAGGAUAAAGAGAUGAACAAACAGAAGUUGAGGAGAAGAAUUGAUCAGUACAAGGUAGAUAGAAGCUUCUUGUAUGAUUUGCAGAUUAAGCUUGUGAAUCCAUGUCGCAAAGGCAAAAAGCUACUUGUCCUAGAUAUUGACUAUACAUUGUUUGAUCACCGUUCCACAGCCGAGAACCCGUUACAGCUUAUGCGUCCUUAUCUUCAUGAGUUUCUUACUGCUGCAUAUGCAGAAUAUGAUAUCAUAAUAUGGUCUGCUACUAGCAUGAAGUGGGUUGAGUUAAAGAUGGGAGAGCUUGGUGUGCUGAACAAUCCGAACUACAAGAUCACAGCUCUUCUCGACCAUCUAGCGAUGAUCACGGUUCAGUCAGACACUCGCGGGAUCUUUGAUUGCAAGCCACUAGGCUUGAUCUGGGCACUGUUGCCUGAGUUCUACAAUUCUCAGAACACUAUCAUGUUCGACGAUCUUCGGAGGAAUUUUGUGAUGAACCCUCAAAACGGUCUGAAAAUCAGGCCGUUCAGGAAAGCUCAUGUGAACCGAGACAAGGAUGACGAGCUUGUGUUGCUGACUCGAUACCUUCUUGCAAUAGCAGAGCUUGAUGAUUUGAGUUGUUUGGAUCAUAGCAGAUGGGAGACGUUCAGAGAAGAUAACGUCAAAAGGCGCAGGCACACAUAA